AUGCGGACUUCAAUCGGGUGUCACGUUUUACUAGUGCUGUCGCUGCUGGCAUUAAGCGGAAGCCAUGCCACGAUUGAUAACGCCACGGGGUCGGUUCGCGAUAACUCGCUACCUCUCAGUGAAAUACCUCCGGUGGUGGUGAUUGCCAACGAUGUUAACCAAUCGAACAGCGUAGCACCUGCAGCGACGUCACUGUCGCCUAUUUCGAUUGCAUCAGGCGCCACAACCACCAUGGUUGGCGCCGUCAGCACGACGACAACUAGCUCCACCGUGCCAUCGUCAUCGAUAUCGACUGGCAAUGAGGUCGCGACAACAUCGACAUCCUCAGUGGAGGUCAGCUCGAUUGAGCCGAUUCAUCAGCAGCUGGAACCCACUAGCGACGAAUUCCCAACAAACUGCUCUGAAUUCAGCGCAUCACCCGUUCAGCUCAAGUACAGCGAAAAGGCGCGCAUUCACAAGUGUUGUCCACCGGGCCAGAUGAUACGACCUCGCAAUGACUUUCAGUUUGAGUGCGUGCCUGGUAAUAGGGAGUUGCAGAUCGAAACGAUUGAAGCGCAUUUCUACGGUAAUAACGAAUGUAUCGAGGUGGGUGACGAUCUGAUUACGCUGCCAGUGGAAUCACACGACAUGUGCAAGGGUGUAGAGGACGCGCUAAUGUACAGUGCGGACCAAGGCGACGAGCUGUUCGUCCUGCAGAAUGGUUCGCUGCUGGUGCUGGAGCUCGGAUCGCUUGUGUCGGUGUUCGAUAGCUACUGCGUGGAGAUGACGAAUGACACCCAGCUUCUGGCGAAAGUAUGCGAGCACGUACAGCAACACCUGGUCGCAACGAAGCCUCUCAUCCUGCUGGGUGUGGUGUUGUCAGCGAUGGCGCUGCUACUCACUGCCUUGUGUUACUCGUUUGUACCGAAGCUGAACGACAUGUUUGGGUAUCUUAUUGCGGCACAUACUGGCACGUUCGCCAUCGGAACGAUUUUUCUCGGACUAGCUCGGUGUGGUGAUCGCUGCAUAGCCCCAUCCAGUGUAGGCAUCACCGAAGUGUUCUCGAACGCGCUGCUGGGAAGCUCGAUAUUCGUCUUCUUUCUCAUGAACGUCUACAAUGCGGUGUACGUGGCAUACUACAUACCGAAUGGGCUCGAGUACGACAACAAAAACAAACGUGAUAUGUACGCCUUCUUGGCGGUUAUGUACAGCAUCACACUGAUACCGCUCUUUCUGUUUCCCAAGGGUGGACUCAUUAGCAUCGUAUUUGUGUAUUUUGGUGCGAUCGUCAUCGUCCAAGGGUUAUCGUGGUACUACGAGAGGAGACUCGCUUCUGGCAUCUAUUUGCACAUCAGUGCGUCGUCCAGCGACCAAACGAAGAUUAAUCAGGCUCGAUUGCAUGACAUCAUAAAGCAGAGAUUUGACUGCCUGUUGGAAACCGUGUUCGCAUGCGUCAUGUGGAUCUUAUUCACGGUGUUGGUCCUGCAGCUCAACACGGUCGAUAUUGCCCGUAUCCUAGCCGUCUAUUGCAUCGUAGCGCACGGGCUGUUCAUCAGCGUAGUCUUCGUGAAAGGGCAGAACCUCUGGAUCAUCAUGCGGGAGUGCUGGAACAACUCCGGUUCCGUUGAUCUGCGUGCGGUCGAGAACGGUAUCGAAAUGAAACCGUUCCAACGACCGGCAAAGACGUCGCCAGGCAAAGACGAAGAUGCACUGGGAACGUAGAAAACGGUGAGAUUGCAACACGCAACGCCAGCAUGCACCAAACGAAAGCAAGCGAAGCCAUAUGCUAUAAUCUGUGAUCGUUGUCUCCCUCGUGCCGUCACUUCCGAGCAAAGCGUUGUGGGGCGGAAAUGUCGAAUAUGAAUUGAACGUGUCACGUCCGAGGAGAAGAGUUACCAAAUCGCUGGUUUUAGAAGCAACCAAACGAGUAUUCCGCAUGGUCGUGUAUGCGCGUGUGCCAAUCCAAAAUGCAGGGUAAUGGAUAAUUAGGCGGAGCAUCGCUAGGGAAGCAGUAUUUCUAGUAUUAGCUUUACGCGUCCGUUGUAUGUAAGGUAGAAGGUAAGUUUACGAAG